AAUUCUUUAAUCGUCUGCCAUAAACCGGGAGAGUUUCGAGUUGAACGCUUUAUCAAUAUGUCGAUUGGAAAAUUAUUGUUGUGCGCUCUCUUGGCCGUCUCAUCGGCGGAAGCCACGGAACCAACGGAGACGGACACGGAAACGGUCGCACAUGAAAAUCCCCAGAAAAGCACGGGCAUUUGGGGCUGGAUCAAGGGAAUAUUCUUCUUUGUGGGCAACAUAGCGAACAAAGUAAAGACUUUUAUCACGUCCAUAUUGCAAUACGUGACGGGGAAAAAAAUCGACUUAGCCGUGAUGUUUUUCGCCAGCAGAUUGCAACAGUUUUUUAUUGACAGGAAUAUGGACUACAUUGAUCUCCCAGUGGUGAACACAUCCUUCCAAAAGGUGGUCAAAGCGGAGAUCAGAGCGGGCGACGGCAAGUUCGGCAGGUUGGGCUCGAUCGCACCCAGGGGCCCGUCCAACGUCGAAUUCGGCAUGUUGAGCCUCACCACUAAAAUCCCGAUGAAAUUGAACAACAUAAGCGUCUAUUACAACUACUUCUAUGUCAGUGGGCUCGGCAUUUCCUCGAACGGCAGCUUCUCCAUCUCCAUAGAGUCCCACGAGAUCGAUAUAACAAUCAGGCUCUCCGCCGGUAUUCGAUGUGUGAUCAAUUUGGAAAAAGUCGAGUUAGUCAACAUCAAAGGAAUCCAAGUCCACUUCAAAGGGUUGUGCGACAGCUGCGGGAAAGUCAUCUCCUUCGUCUCCACCCGCCUGGCCAACUAUAUGGAACCCAUCAUAAAAGCGAAGGUACAAAAGGCUUUGGACAUGAUUGGCGAGUUCUUCAAUCGGAAUUUUUUUACUGCACUCGACGCUACCCGACUAAAAUCUGGGGAUCGCGUAUCGCAGGGUCGAGUAGCAUUGCGUGGCUUCGGCCAGAUGUGCACGGGGGUAAUACAAUCUUAUGGAAAAAUGGACUUUGCAUUUGCGUCGCGUAGCGUCGCAUAG